GAAAAGGUCGUGUUGGUAACUAGGCAGCAGGUCACGCUUUCGCACCGGGACCUCCUGCACACACCAGACACAUUCACGUUUCGAUUUUUAUAGUAGCUUGUCAACCAACGGGUCGCCGGUAGUGGCACGGAAGAGGUAAACAUUGAGGAUUUUAUCCCCCAUUUGGAUUGGAAUACUUCUUCUUUUCCGUGAAGAAGGGUGAAAUCGAGGAAGACAUCUUCUGACGGGUGAUGUGUCUGUUUCAACAACAGUCUCACAACAGAAAUCAUUUUGAUCGACAUCGUCUCCGUAUGUAAUCACAUCAACCAUGCCGAAGCCCAAGCGUGAUAUGAUUCGGUUCGUCGUGCACCAGCGCGACAACGACCCCACCGAGAUCGUCGCCCAUCUCGUUAAGGACGGCGAGGACUGCGAUAAGGUGUGCGAACAGAUGAAAGAGAAUGGGUACUCGAUGUGCGAGUCGAAUAGGAGCGCUCCCGUACGUGCGAUGACGGGGGAAGCCUUCUACAUACGACUUGUUGGUGACAUCAAGGUCAACACUUUCACUGACAACAGCUACCGGAAAGAUCGUUUCCUCGUGCGGUAUAUACGCAACCGUCCCAACCGCAAGGAUUUCUUCAUUACCGGAGUUUACCGCGGUAGAUAUCAACCGGAGUAUGCCGGUAAGGUCCUGCUUCACCGCGUUACGCUUAACGCAGGAACGACCAAUAAGGGAAGCGGUCGCCAGUUCAUCAUGAAUAACCUCGAGAGCGUCCUUGGUAACAUAGCAUCGUCAAGCAAAUUGGUUCUUUUUAAGGACAGAGAUGUACCAGCGCCCCCUGACGUCCAAGAAACUUAUGAUGACGAUAGUCUGACGAAAGAUGUCGUUCUGCGCACCAUCUCUAAGAACAUCCCUAAGGAUUUCGUCACGCCCCUCUGCAUGCAUCUCUUCGGUCUAAGCGAAGUCGAGGUCCUCAACCUCGGCAUGCUCCCUCAUCAUCGCGACUUCGACGAACAACGGUACGGUGUCCUCGAUAAGUGGAAGGGGGAGCAGGGGGACAAUGCUACGUUUCGGAAGCUUAUUGAAGCCUUCCAGGCCGUCAAGAUGAAAUCAGCAGCAGCUACUCUCAAUAGAAACCUACUAACGGAAGGACGUCUUCGAAGAGUAGCCAAACAUCUGCCUGGAGACUGCCAACCCCUUGCUGAUGCUAUGAAAGUCAACUUAGAUGAGGUCAAGGAAAAAUUCUAUACCGAAAUGGCCGAGUUUAAAUUCCAGAUCAUAUGGCGAUGGCGAGAAGACACACAUAAGAAGCUUCGAGGUCGAGCUAACCAUUCCUUACUGUUGAGGGCACUGCGGUACAUCAGCCUUCCACAGGUUGCCGAGGAGGUCACUGAUAUGACGUCAGUCGACGUGAGAGAUAUCGUCAUGCUACGAACAGUCACCAAAGACAUGAGCAGAGAGAAAAUCUGCGCUCUCGUCGACCGUUUCGGUCUCACUGACGACGAAAAACGGGAGAUCACGCGGGAGUACGGCCUCGAUUUCAACAAGCGUCUCUACCUGCUCAAUGCCCUUGUCAAGUGGAAGGAGAAGGGUGGCGAUGAGGACUCGAGGGCCUCCUAUGAGAAUCUGAUGGCCCACAUGGAAGAUCUAGGUUUUGAACAGAACCCAGCCAUCCUUGAUGAGGUCUUAAUUGAUGAUAAACGUCUACGGCACAUAGCAACACUCAUCCCUACCGAUAGCAUGCAAGCGUUGGCUGACGAACUGCAUGUCGAUACGGCCCCAAUGAAGAUUCCCGCGGGAAAGGAAUCUGCACUUCUGGGUUAUCGUCUGCUCUCGCGCUGGAAAGAAACCCGCGGGAAGUACGCGUCACACACAGAGCUCAUCAGCGCACUCGACAAGGCGGAGCUUGGAUCCGCUGUCGACGUCAUCGAUCGCUUGGGAUCUGUAGAUAUUUCAAAAGGAGCAAUGAGUGAAUUCUGUCUACGGUAUGUCGGCUCGUGGGUUCACGUCAGUCGAGCUCACGAGUGGCCUUCGAUCGUCCAGAACAUCCCAUCCCAGCUAAUCGACGGUCUCGAUGACCGGACCGUCGCCCAGAUCAAACGCGAAUAUCGCGACCCGCAGGAGCAGCUCUCCCGAGCCCUUGUCCUUUGCCGCGAUCGACGGGUAAUUUCAUCGAAGGGCGCGCUCUGCAAUCGCCUCAUCGCAUGCGGGUUCGAAAGCGCCGCGCUGACUCUUCUCGAUGUGUCGAGGUCGCAGUAUUACUGUACGACCCUAAGAUUGGACGAAGGGCCCUACGGGGGUAUAGAAGGGGUGGGGUCCGAAUAUCCAGAAGAAGAGGAAGAGGGACAUGAGGUUGAGGAAGAAGCAGAAUGAGAAUCAAGUCGCUAAGCAACCAUACAUGGAUAACAAAAAGUAAAAGACAUUAGCCCUAUCCUUUACGAAAAGGAAAGUCUCGUUAUAAAUGACGACGACGAUGAUGAUAGUUAUAAUAUUAAUAGAUGUAGUAAUAAUAAUGAUAAUAAUGAUGAUAAUUAUUAUAAUAAUAACAUAAAGCAUCUAUGAGGCGCCGAUUGUGUAGUACUAUAUAUAUUGACGCACUAUGAUGAUUCAUAACGUAUUACCAUAAUUACGAAAGAGAAAUAGGUCAUGAGUGAGAAACAAAAAAGAAUUAUGUCGUCAUUUUCACUAAAAAUGGUGGAAUUCUUUGGAAAUAUACGAUGAUGUCUGUAGAAAUGAGCAAAAAGGGGCCAAUGUUUUUUUAUUAUUUACUUGAAACUCUUAAAACAAUGCUAUCAAAUUUAUGCACAGUGCAUUUCUUGCUGUUGAAGAAUGAAAAAUAUAUUUUUCCAGAAUGUUUGCAAAAUGUUUGCUGCUGCUUUUGAAGUGUGUAUGUCUGAAUACGCAUCCAUAAUGUAAACUGUGUGUGAAUUUUGUCUUCCAAAGAAUGUUGCCAUGCUGAGUUUUUGUGAUUAACUGGUUGUCGCAGCUGAUACAAUGAAAGUAUUAUUAUCAGUAAAAUGAAAGAAAAUAUAUCACACCGAUAGACAUAUAGAAAUGUCGUCAAAGUAUCGCAACGCAAUCAGUCGCUAAAUGCUUUGAAUGUAUCGGAAGUUGUAAUAAACGGAUAACAGGUAAAUAUUCAUAAGUAUGGUUGAAAAUUGAAUAAAAAAAUCCGCAAGAAAUCGCCUAAUCAUAUAUAUAUAUGGAAAAUGUUGUUUUACGUUAUGAUUGUUUUGAGUUAAAUUAAUCCAUGUGUAUGCGUUCGUCAGUUUGGUUAAUAAUAUUGUUUACUUGGUUAAACUUUCUGCCAUGUUUUUGCCGCAUACCUUUGCUCUCUUCUAAUUUCAUCGAUUUCAAAUUGGUGAGAAUUAAGAUGUUAAGAUGUUGAGAGAGGAUAGUGCACCAAGUAUUCUACACCGGUGUUUAAUUCUUUGAAUUAGUUAAAUACCUAUUGGUGUUAUUUUAGCACAUUGUAUUGGUUAUAUCAACAUGGGUUGGUGUUAUAUUCAAACUCCAUGGUGUAUGUUUAACACCUGCUCGAUAAGAUCCGCUCGCAACAUCGACUUGUGUUCGUUUUAACACCUAAGGUUUUAUUUACACCGUACAUUCUAUUUCUUUCAAACAAACCACCAUUUACGUAGUUUAUCAGUUACGUUGAUCAUAUUUAUUUCAUCAUUUCCAUUCAUUUACGUAUUUGUGAUUAAAUCAUAUUUACAAUGCUCUCUAAGAGGCACGUGGGUAGCUAUUAUGUUUACAGAACUUUAGAAUGAUUCCGUCCAAUCUGGAGCCUCAUUACAUAAGGCCUAUAUUUUAUUUCAUGCUGUGAAAACAUAUUUUGUAAAUAUAUUUGCUAUUGAUUAUAUUUUCUCCGUGCUUUUAAAAUAUGCAAUGAACAUGUCAGUAUUUAUGUUUGUUUGUGCAAUAAAUUGCAUUACGUCAUAUUUUAUGUUGGGCCAUUGCUGUGGCAAUAAAUGUACACUAACACACUGAAAA